AUGGCAGAUGACACUUCGGACACACUAGUCAUAUCGGACAAGAGGAAAAUUGUCCGAAAAUUCGGACGGCCCAUUUUUUCAAAAGAUGCAACUGUUUUGAUUUCGGUCAGUAAUAUGAAAGUGAUGACGGCUAGUAAAGUGAUUGCGGCUGUUCAAGGUGCACUGGGAGAAGAUUCUAUUUUGUCCUGUGUCCCUAAAAAUGGUGAUGUGUAUGAAGUAUCAUUGAUUGACAUUGAGUCUGCAAGAGCCAUAGUCGAUAAAGAAUUGAAGAUUGAUAAUCAGCCAAUUUUUGUUCGUCACCUGUCCUCAAAGGUAAAAGUUGUUUCCUUCAUGCACCUGUCAGGACUAAUCACUGAUGAACAAAUUGAAUCAAAGUUAAAGCUAUGGCGGGUUGAGCUUCUUGGUCCUAUCAAACGUCGUCGCUAUGAAAAUACCGAUGUCUUUGAUGGCACAAGGCCAGGGUGCUCAAUAGUGGCUUUUGCUAUUGAGUUAAUACACCAUAGUUGGGAUACAAUUCCCUUGGAGGGUUUCAAGUAUAGUAGCUCGUCUUUAGCUACGGACAACUUGGUUAGAUAUGGUGUACAACCUAGGGUUUUGGAGAUAUUUGUUGACUUCUACCUAGUUGAUUUAGAAAAGGUGUGGGAGUUUACUUCAUAUAUAACCUUUGAUUUAGAAGAAAUAAAUCCCACUUUCGCAAGCCAAUUACAAGUCGUGUCUCAUAAUUAUGGUAUAGCUAUACAGAAUCACCUCUUUGACAAUUUUCCAAUGAAUCUGGUUGAGAAUUAA